CUCACUCUCUCUUAUAAGGAACAGGAACACUACGUUUCAUUUGCUGUGCGUGACGUUUCUUGUUCUGCUUCUCUUCACUAGAGAGAACACAGCAACAUAUUGCACUGGUCUCUCUGGGUACCACCACCCAGGCACAUGCUUUUGACUUGUCUAGCACCGCCUUCAUCGGUAUUUAUCUUCAUCUUAUAUUUUUUUUAUUGGGUAUAUAUAUAUAUAUAUAUAUAUAUAUUUCAGGUUAAGGAGAUUGGAGUCAAGGAAGAAACUUUUUGUGACAAAGGAAAGACAUGGCUAAGGAUCAGCUGCAGGUGCUUAAUGCACUCGAUGUUGCAAAGACACAAUGGUACCAUUUCACAGCAAUUGUGAUUGCUGGGAUGGGGUUCUUUACUGAUGCCUAUGAUCUGUUCUGCAUCUCCCUUGUCACCAAAUUGCUUGGCCGCGUGUAUUUCUAUGAUGGCUCCGACAAGCCUGGCUCUCUGCCACCAAGUAUUGCUUCUGCCAUCAAUGGUGUUGCAUUCUGUGGAACUCUUACAGGCCAGCUUUUCUUUGGCUGGCUCGGUGACAAACUGGGAAGGAAACGUGUCUACGGGAUGACCCUUAUGCUCAUGGUGAUAUCCUCAAUUGCUUCUGGUCUCUCUUUUGGGAGAGACCCUAAAGGUGUUAUGAUUACCCUCUGCUUCUUCCGUUUCUGGCUUGGGUUUGGCAUUGGUGGUGACUACCCUCUUUCAGCCACUAUCAUGUCUGAGUAUGCCAACAAGAAGACUCGUGGAACCUUUAUAGCUGCAGUUUUUGCCAUGCAAGGUUUUGGAAUCUUAGCUGGUGGCACGGUUGCAAUUCUAGUUUCAUAUGCUUUCAUUUCCAUGUUCCCUGCCCCUCCAUUCCUAGUUAACCCUGUUUUGUCCACGGUCCCAGAAGCUGAUUAUGUUUGGAGGAUAAUCUUGAUGGUUGGUUCACUUCCAGCUCUGCUCACAUACUAUUGGAGGAUGAAAAUGCCUGAAACUGCUAGAUACACUGCCUUGGUUGCCAAGAAUAACAAGCAAGCGGCUGCAGAUAUGUCAAAAGUGCUGCAGGUUGAGAUACAAGCUGAAGAGGAGAAAACUCAGGAAGUGAACACAAAAAGAGGGAAUGAUUUUGGCUUGUUCAGUGUAAAGUUCCUUCGCCGCCAUGGGCUUCACUUGGUUGGAACAUGCUCUACUUGGUUCCUGUUGGACAUUGCCUAUUAUAGUCAGAAUCUGUUCCAGAAAGACAUUUUUAGCGCAAUUGGCUGGAUUCCAGAUGCAAAAGUCAUGAAUGCCGUUCAAGAGGUUUUCAUGAUUGCUAGAGCUCAGACCCUCAUAGCACUUUGCAGCACUGUCCCAGGUUACUGGUUCACAGUGGCACUCAUUGAUAAGAUGGGAAGGUUUGCAAUCCAGUUGAUGGGAUUUUUCUUCAUGACUGUGUUCAUGUUUGCCUUAGCCAUUCCAUACCACCACUGGACCUUGAAUGGCAACCAAAUUGGGUUUGUUGUGUUGUAUUCAUUCACCUUCUUCUUUGCCAACUUUGGUCCAAAUGCCACCACAUUCGUUGUGCCAGCUGAGAUUUUCCCCGCAAGGCUAAGGUCAACAUGUCAUGGCAUAUCAGCUGCGUCUGGCAAAGCUGGGGCAAUGCUAGGAGCUUUUGGCUUCUUGUAUGCUCAAAAUGCCAUUGGAGUGAGAAAUUCUCUUUUAGUUUUGGGCGGGUGUAACUUCUUGGGGAUGCUGUUAACAUUCUUGGUGCCUGAAUCCAAAGGAAAAUCUCUCGAGGAGAUGUCUGGUGAAGCUGAGGAAGAGACUACUGCUACUACUACUACUACUACUACUACUACAAGAGAAUCAGCAGUGGAGUCUGUCAUUGAAGUUUAGACUUUUUUCUUUCUAAUUGCGUGGUUGCUUACUUUUAUUAGGAAAUUCUAUGCUUAUAAUAAUAGUAUUUGCAGUCAGGAUUAGGUGUUUUUUCCUUGAUUUUUUCUUUUUCCUCCGAGUC